AUGGCAGAAUGUAGUGGUUCUCUUAGUGGUACGAGAUGUGAUAAAAUUUCUUCGAAUCGUCCGAACAACAUUUUAACAUGGAAUACAUGGAUUGAAAAAUAUUCUCUACCAACUGGCAGAGAACGUCGUCAUGCAGAAAGAUUGUCACAGGUCUUGCACCAGACGAUGUCAUCAAGGAAGGAAUAUUUUGAUUCUUCUUGUUUUGGAAUGUCAAUGAACAAUAGACAUCAUCUAAUUGGUGAUGUGAGGAAGGAGGAACUCUCUUUCGUCACUGCUGAUGGUGAUAUUGAAAGAGAGGGAGAACAACAACAAAUGGAGGAGGAAGAGGAGGCUCUAUCCCCCUUGCAUCUCCAUUUGCCUGGUUCGCCCCAAAAUGCUGCACGUAACAAAAACAAUGGCACCAACCUUUGCACCACCGGUAGCCACAGGACUAAAGACAGACGUGUCCCUGGUCAAGCUGCUGAUGUCAGAAACAAUAAAUUUAACAAAACUAACGAAAUUGAUAAUAAAAGUAAUAAUAAGAAUUCUAAUUGUAAUCUUCCUGAUGUUAAAAGUGAAGAAGAGGAGAGGCUGACAGCCGACCAAAUGUGGGAUAACAUGAUAAAAACUUGUGGCAGAAGUAGCAACAACACUGGCUUAAAUAUGAAUAAAUAUGCUUAUGAGUAUGACAAUCAUAAAGACCCAACAUACAAUAGUUACAGUAGCAAUAAGAAUAAUAAUGAAAAUAAGCUGCCAAAUAUUACUUUAACAAGUGAAACAAAAGGUUUUACGCCAUCUGGCACAACAUCUGCUGCCUCUACUACAACAAAAAUGACCACAUCAACACAUAGAUCACCCCCUCAGCUUGCAAAAACUUUGACAUCAACAACUGCAACAUUAAAAAUCUCAACAGCAACAACAAUAUCAACAACAUCUUCAUUAACGUCAACAACAGCCACAAUUAAGAAACCCUUUCCAUUCAUGAUAGCCCGCAAGUCCAUCUCUAACAUGUAUCCAGGCACUGAAAAGUCAACAUUUAGUAAAAAUAAAUUGAAUUCCACUAAUUCCCUAAUUUCACAUUUCACUGAUUUACCAACCAAUCUGGGCUCGACUACGGGGGCCAGGAUAACUUCACAGACAGUCUCUAUAAAACGAACAACAUUGAACUCCAGUUCUGUUUAUGAUUUUGAUGAUUUGACAGCCAGUAAAUCUAAAGACCAUGCUGAUAAUAGUAACAAAUUAUGUAAUAAUAAAACUGACAGUAAUAAUAAUAAUAGUAACGAUAGUUGUAGCAUUGGUAACAGCAAUGAUAGUGACGCUUCAAUGAAUAAUAAUAGUGCUACAAAUGUGGUUAAUAAUUGCAAAUUAAGAGGAAGUGUUAAAACCAAAGCCAAGAACUGCUUGAGAGAUGGGGGUGAUGGAAGAGGAGGUGAAGGUGCCAGAGAUGAAAAUGAUGGCGCAAUUUCUAAAUAUAAAUUGAUUACAACUACUUCAAAUAAAAAAUUAAAGAAAAGCAUUUGGACUGACGAAGAAGAGGAAGAUGAUGAUACAAAAUUGUUUGCGAGUAAUAAACUCAAUAAUCUUACACCAACAUCAUCGACAACGGCAGCAGCACCAACAACAAUGCUAUCAACACUCUCUUUGACCAGUCAUUCUAGUGCAUUGAACACAAGCAAGCCUAGCCUCCAACCUUCCAAGAAUAAAAGCUUAGGUUUAUCUUCCUUUUUUGUUCUCUUCUUAUUAAAUUAA